GUUGGGUUAUAAAUUUCGAAACAAAAUUAGUUAAUAAAUAUUUAUGUAAGAAUCGGAUAUUGAAUCUUAAUUUUUAUAUCAAUCGAUUACUUAACAAUAAGACAGUAUUGAAGAGAAGGAAGUAUUGGUGAGUCGUUUGACCGAGAGUAAUCAAAUAUAAGAUGAGUCAGUUUAAAUAAAUAUGGAUUCCGAGAUUAUAAGUGAGUUGGAAGAGGAAAUAAUGCAGUUGCAUAAAAAAAAUGAAUAGUUAACUGAUUAAAUAAUUGAGAAGGAUAAUGAGAUUGCUACAUUAAAAGAGAGAGUAUAACAAUAAACUAUAUUGAAUGAGACAUAUAAAAUAGCAGAAGUAUAACUUAAAUAAUAAAUUGAAGAAUUGAAGAAGAGAAUAGGAGAAUUUUAAGAGUAGAUUUAAAGUUUACCUCCUUAAUUAUAAAAUCUAUCUAAGUUGAAUAUGGAUUUCAGUUUGGUAAAUCAUAUAGAAAGAGAUCUAUCUCAUGAUAGUUUAUUGGAACGAUAUGAUCGCUAGAAGUCUAACAAACGUUUAGCUCCAAUUUAAAUAAAACCAUAUUCAGAGAAAUUUAGAUAUAACAAUUAAUAACAUAGUCCAUAUUUCGAUCAAAUGACAGAAAGAACCUAAAACAUUUAAAGGAAACGAUUCAAUUAAAAUAAAUAAUGA